AUGGGUAUCGGCAAUCGCGACGCGUCUUCGGAUUCUGAGCUGCACGCCAACACACCCCAGACUCGAAAUUUGGAUUCUACACCCCGGCAAGAAAGCCAAGAGAAUGCUCCCGAAUUCGAGGAUAUUCCUAUCCAUGACCCCAUAGAAGAAGAAUUCACACCCAGCGGUGACGAAGAUGACGUUGUGUUUGUCGAGACACCGGCAGUUGAUGCAGCAGUUGCGUUAGCAGCUGCAUCUCAAGCUGCUCAGCUCAACAAGCGCUCAUAUAAAAAGACCAAAGCCGCAAAGGAUUCAAAAACCCUGAUGUUUGAUAACGACGAUAUGAUCGAGGUAUCAGAAGACCGCGACCCGGAACAGGAUUACCAUAGCCAAUGCGCUAAGGAAGAGCGCCCAAACUUGUCAGACUACGAUAUUCCCAUCGGACCCUUCGAUUCCGAGGAAUACGAAAAGAAUCUCGGAGUGGAAAGCCAAGUGUCCCUUUUCCAUAAAAUUCCCGGAGUACAGACCGCUCAACGAGCCCUUUCAGCGUCCACACAGCUCGCGCAGAGCGGUAUUAGCAAUGUGACUGGGAGCGCUGUGUACACGGCCCAACGAACUCGCCAAGCCGGGCAGCAUAUCGCGGACUCGGUAUUGAAUGCUGGACAGGACGUAAUGGUCCGAGUCCAGGAAUCAUGGGCAACAUGGCCCAGAGGGGUUAACGGCGGUAUCCAGACCAUCAGCCAGCUUGUGAUGGAGGGCGUGCAAUCACUACCGCCUUCAGACACCAUCAUUCGUCCACAGGGAAGACAGAUGCAUGGCUAA